AUGUCAGGAGCUUCUGUGAAGGUGGCUGUCCGGGUCAGGCCCUUCAAUUCCAGAGAGACCAGCAAAGAAUCGAAAUGCAUCAUCCAGAUGCAAGGCAACUCAACCAGUAUUAUCAACCCAAAGAACCCCAAGGAAGCACCAAAGUCCUUCAGCUUCGACUACUCCUACUGGUCUCACACCUCGCCUGAUGAUCCCUGCUUUGCGUCUCAGAACCGUGUGUACAAUGAUAUUGGGAAGGAGAUGCUGUUACAUGCCUUUGAGGGCUACAAUGUGUGUAUCUUCGCCUAUGGGCAGACUGGAGCUGGGAAAUCCUACACCAUGAUGGGCAAACAGGAGGAAAGCCAGGCAGGCAUCAUCCCACAGCUGUGUGAAGAACUGUUUGAGCAAAUCAAUGACAACAGUAAUGAGGAGAUGUCCUAUUCUGUGGAGGUCAGUUACAUGGAGAUUUAUUGUGAGAGAGUCAGAGAUUUAUUGAACCCGAAGAACAAGGGGAACUUGCGGGUGCGAGAGCAUCCUCUGCUCGGACCCUAUGUGGAGGACCUGUCCAAGUUAGCAGUCACCUCUUAUACAGACAUUGCAGACCUCAUGGAUGCUGGGAACAAAGCCAGGACCGUGGCAGCUACAAACAUGAAUGAAACAAGUAGCCGCUCUCACGCUGUAUUUACGAUUGUCUUUACUCAGAAGAGACAUGACACAGAAACUGACCUUUGCACGGAGAAGGUCAGCAAGAUUAGCCUUGUGGAUCUAGCUGGGAGUGAGAGAGCAGACUCAACUGGUGCCAAAGGGACUCGCUUAAAGGAAGGAGCGAAUAUCAACAAGUCUCUCACAACACUGGGCAAAGUAAUUUCAGCCUUGGCAGAAGUGGAUAACUGCACCAAUAAGAGUAAGAAGAAGAAGAAGACAGACUUUAUUCCAUACAGGGAUUCUGUGCUAACGUGGCUACUUCGGGAAAAUCUAGGUGGAAACUCCAGAACUGCCAUGGUUGCUGCUCUGAGUCCGGCAGAUAUCAACUAUGAUGAAACUUUGAGCACUUUAAGAUAUGCAGAUCGUGCAAAGCAGAUCAAGUGCAAUGCUGUUAUCAAUGAAGACCCCAAUGCCAAGCUGGUGCGUGAGCUGAAGGAGGAGGUGACGAGGCUCAAGGAUCUCCUGCGUGCCCAAGGGCUAGGAGAUAUUAUUGACAUUGAUUCAAUCGGAGAUGAUUACUCUGGAAGUGGAGGCAAAUAUCUGAAAGAUUUUCAGAACAAUAAACAUAGAUACUUGCUAGCCUCCGAGAAUCAACGCCCUGGCAAUUUUUCCACAGCCUCCAUGGGGUCCCUCAGUGCAUCUCCAUCUUCCUGCUCUCUCAGUAGUCAGGUGGGCUUAACAUCUGUGUCCAGCAUACAGGAGAGGAUCAUGUCUACACCUGGAGGAGAGGAAGCCAUUGAACGUUUGAAGGAAUCAGAGAAGAUCAUUGCAGAGCUGAAUGAGACAUGGGAGGAGAAGCUGCGGAAGACUGAGGCCAUUAGGAUGGAGAGGGAGGCCUUGCUGGCCGAGAUGGGAGUUGCCAUUCGGGAAGAUGGAGGAACACUGGGGGUCUUCUCCCCUAAAAAGACACCUCAUCUUGUGAACCUCAAUGAAGAUCCACUCAUGUCAGAAUGUCUACUUUACUAUAUCAAAGAUGGCAUCACUAGGGUUGGACAGGCAGAUGCCGAGCGGCGACAAGACAUUGUGCUGAGUGGGGCUCACAUUAAAGAGGAACACUGUCUCUUCCGAAGUGAGAGGAACCACAAUGGUGAUGUUAUUGUUACCCUGGAGCCUUGUGAACGGUCAGAAACGUACGUCAACGGCAAGAGGGUUGUACAGCCUGUGCAACUGCGCUCAGGAAAUCGUAUCAUCAUGGGUAAAAAUCACGUUUUCCGAUUCAACCACCCUGAGCAAGCACGAGCAGAGAGGGAGAAGACUCCAUCAGCUGAAACUCCCUCUGAACCUGUAGACUGGACAUUUGCUCAGAGAGAACUCUUGGAGAAACAGGGCAUUGAUAUGAAGCAGGAGAUGGAGAAGAGGUUACAAGAAAUGGAGAUUUUGUACAAGAAGGAGAAAGAGGAAGCAGAUCUCUUGUUGGAGCAGCAGAGGCUGGACUAUGAGAGUAAACUGCAGGCCUUGCAGAAGCAGGUUGAGACGCGAUCCCUAGCUGCUGAGACCACCGAAGAGGAAGAGGAAGAGGAGGAAGUGCCCUGGACUCAGCAUGAAUAUGAACUGGCCCAGUGGGCGUUCAGGAAAUGGAAGUUUCACCAGUUCACUUCAUUAAGGGAUCAGCUCUGGGGCAAUGCAGUCUAUCUGAAAGAGGCCAAUGCAAUCAGCGUGGAAUUAAAGAAGAAGGUGCAGUUUCAGUUUGUCCUGCUGACCAACACACUCUAUUCCCCCCUGCCCCCUGAGCUGCUGCCCAAUGAGACAGAGAAGACUCGGAACAACAGACCUUUCCCUCGGACAGUAGUGGCUGUGGAAGUCCAGGAUCUGAAGAAUGGAGCAACACAUUACUGGUCCCUGGAGAAACUCAAGCAGAGAUUGGAGCAGAUGCGGGAGAUGUAUGACAGGGCUGGAGAAAUGGCGUCCAAUGCCCAGGAUGAGAAUGAGAGUACAAUGACUGGUAGUGACCCCUUCUACGAUCGAUUCCAUUGGUUCAAACUGGUUGGUAGCUCCCCCAUUUUCCAUGGCUGCGUGAAUGAGCGCCUUGCUGACCGCACGCCCUCCCCCACUUUCUCCACGGCUGACUCCGACAUAACCGAACUAGCCGAUGAGCAGCAGGAUGAGAUGGAAGACUUUGAUGAUGAGGCCUUUGUGGAUGAUACUGGCUCCGACGCUGGAACCGAGGAGGGAUCCGACCUCUUCAAUGAUGGGCACGACCCGUUUUACGACCGGUCCCCUUGGUUCAUUUUAGUGGGAAGGGCAUUCGUAUACCUGAGCAAUCUACUAUACCCAGUGCCCCUUAUCCACAGAGUGGCAGUUGUCAGUGAGAAGGGGGAGGUUCGAGGAUUUCUGCGCGUGGCAGUGCAAGCAAUAGCAGCGGAUGAAGAAGCCCCAGAUUAUGGAUCUGGCAUUCGGCAAUCUGGCACAGCUAAAAUUUCUUUUGAUGAUGAAUACUUUAAUAAGAGUGACUUUACUUCAGUUGCAAUGACUCGUUCUGGACUGUCACUAGAAGAACUGAGAAUUGUGGAAGGGCAAGGUCAGAGUUCAGAGGUCAUCACUCCCCCAGAAGAAAUUAACAGAAUGAACGACCUGGACCUGAAGUCAGGCACUUUGUUGGAUGGGAAGAUGGUGAUGGAAGGGUUUACCGAGGAGGUUGGCGACCACCUGAAACUGGGUAGUGUGUUCACCUUCCGUGUGACAGUGCUGCAGGCCAGUGGCAUCCUCCCGGAAUAUGCAGAUAUCUUCUGUCAGUUCAAUUUUUUACAUCGACACGAUGAAGCUUUCUCUACUGAACCUCUCAAAAACAAUGGCCGGGGGAGUCCGCUUGGGUUUUACCAUGUCCAGAAUAUUGCUGUGGAAGUGACAGAAUCUUUUGUGGAGUACAUCAAAACUAAGCCUAUUGUGUUUGAAGUCUUUGGGCACUACCAGCAGCACCCUCUCCAUCUGCAGGGACAGGAUCUCAACAGCCCUCCUCAGCCAUCCCGACGAUUCUUUCCACCUCCCAUGCCACUCUCAAAGCCAGUGCCAGCCACAAAGCUAAACACUAUGAGCAAAACUAACCUGGGCCAGAGCAUGAGCAAAUACGACCUCCUUGUCUGGUUUGAGAUCAGCGAGCUGGAGCCAACAGGAGAAUACAUCCCUGCUAUUGUUGACCACACUGGAGGCUUACCCUGCCAGGGGACGUUCUUGCUUCACCAGGGAAUCCAGCGUAGGAUCACAGUCACCAUUAUCCAUGAGAGAGGCAAUGAAUUGCACUGGAAAGAUGUGCGAGAACUGGUUGUUGGACGCAUCAGAAACAAAGCUGAGGUAGAUGAAGCUGCUGUGGAUGCUAUUCUGUCUUUGAAUAUAAUCUCUGCAAAGUACCUGAAGUCUUCUCACCGCUCCAACAGGACUUUCUAUCGUUUUGAGGCUGUUUGGGAUAGCUCCUUGCAUAACUCCCUCCUCCUCAAUCGAGUGACACCCUAUGGAGAGAAGAUCUAUAUGACCUUGUCUGCAUAUCUGGAGCUUGACCACUGCAUCCAACCAGCUGUGAUUACCAAGGAUGUCUGUAUGGUCUUCUACUCACGAGAUGCCAAGAUCUCACCACCGCGCUCGCUACGCAAUCUCUUUGGCAGCGGCUACUCCAAAUCCCCAGACUCCAAUCGAGUAACUGGAAUCUAUGAGCUGAGUUUAUGCAAAAUGGCAGACACAGGAAGCCCAGGAAUGCAGAGGAGGAGAAGGAAAGUCCUGGAUACGUCUGUGGCAUAUGUCCGUGGGGAAGAGAACCUGGCAGGUUGGAGGCCCCGUGGUGACAGCCUCAUUCUAGAGCACCAGUGGGAACUGGAGAAGCUGGAGCUGCUGCAUGAGGUGGAAAAGACUCGUCACUUCCUGCUACUGCGUGAGAAACUUGGCGACAGCAUCCCCAAAUCCUUGAGUGACUCGCUGUCCCCCAGUCUGAGCAGUGGGACCCUCAGCACCUCCACCAGCAUCUCCUCCCAAAUUUCCACUACCACUUUUGAGAGUGCUGUCACGCCCAGUGAAAGCAGCGGCUAUGACUCUGCAGACAUCGAGAGCCUGGUGGAUAGGGAGAAAGAGCUGGCAACCAAGUGCCUGCAGCUUCUUACCCACACUUUCAACCGUGAAUUUAACCAGGUGUACAACAGCAUCAGUGAUUGUAAGCUAUCUGAUAUCUCUCCAAUCGGGCGGGACCCAUCAGUGUCCAGUUUCAGCAGUGCCACCCUCACACCUUCAUCCACCUGUCCCUCUCUGGCAGAUUCAAGGUGCAAUUCAGUGGAUCAGAAGACUCCAGAAGCAAAUUCCCGUGCCUCCAGCCCCUGCCCAGAGUUGGAACAAUUCCAGCUGGUUACAACAGUGGAAACCUCCUUCCUGGCCAGAGCUGGAAAGAAUGAAUUCCUGAACCUCGUUCCAGAUAUUGAGGAAAUCAGACCUGGCUCUGUGGUCUCAAAGAAGGGGUACCUCCACUUCAAGGAGCCACUCUCCAGCUCCUGGGCCAAGCACUUUGUGAUAGUCCGCCGUCCAUACGUCUUUAUUUACAACAGUGACAAAGACCCUGUGGAGAAGGGGAUCAUAAACCUGUCCACAGCUCAGGUGGAGUACAGCGAGGAUCAGCAGGCAAUGGUGAAGACCCCCAAUACCUUUGCUGUGUGCACAAAGCACCGUGGGGUCCUGCUCCAGGCCAUCAACGACAAAGAUAUGAACGACUGGCUAUACGCCUUCAACCCUCUUCUUGCUGGCACAAUACGGUCAAAACUGGCCCGAAGACGCACGGGCCUGCUGAAUUACUGA